AUGCUGCCGUGGGGCGCUGCGCUCGCCCUACUCCUGGUCGCACUCGCCUUGCUUGGCCUGCUCGCACCCCGGCUGUGGCACACCUGGAGACGAGCCAUUGGAGUGAGGACCCCGCUGGGGACCGGGAGUCAAAACCAUGAAGGGGAGUCAGACGGAGGAGGCCCGGCGGACGAGUUCAGCAACGGGCGCGAGUCGCUGCCUGGCGGGUGUAGUCUCAUCUGUAAGCCGUCGGCGCUGGCCCAGUGCCUGCUGCGCGCCUUGCGACGCUCCGCAGCGCUGGAGCCAGGCCCGCGGUCCUGGCUCUCCGGGCCCCACCUGCAGACCCUUUGCCACUUUGUGCUGCCGGUGGGGCCAGGGCCUGAGUUGGCCCGGGAGUACCUGCAGUUGGCCGAUGACGGUCUAGUGGCUCUGGACUGGGUCGUGGGACCUUGCGCCCGGGGCCGCCGGGCCACCAACGCGGGGGGCCUUCCAGCGGUGCUGCUGGUGAUCCCCAAUGCUUGGGGACGCCUUACCCGCAACGUGCUUGGUCUCUGCCUACUCGCCCUGGAGCGUGGCUACUACCCAGUCAUCUUCCACCGUCGCGGUCACUACGGCUGCCCACUGGUCAGCCCCCGCCUGCAGCCUUUUGGGGACCCAUCGGACCUCAAAGAGGCAGUCACUUACAUCCGCUUCCGACACCCAGCGGCCCCGCUGUUCGCUGUGAGCGAGAGCUCAGGCUCCGCGCUGCUGCUGUCAUACCUGGGCGAGUGUGGCUCCUCCAGCUACGUGACCGGCGCCGCCUGCAUCUCUCCGGUGUUGCGCUGCCGCGAAUGGUUUGAGGCCGGCCUGCCCUGGCCCUAUGAGCGUGGCUUUCUGCUCCACCAGAAGAUCGCCCUCAGCAGGUACACCACGGCCUUAGAGGACAUCGUGGAUACCAGCAAGCUGUUCAGGAGCCGCUCCCUGCGAGAGUUUGAAGAGACACUUUUCUGCCACACCAAGAGUUUGCCUAUCAGCUGGGACACCUACUGGGACCGAAAUGACCCACUACGGGAUGUGGAUGAGGCGGCUGUACCUGUGCUCUGUGUCUGUAGUGCUGAUGACCCCGUAUGUGGGCCCCCAGACCACUUCCUGCCCACUGAACUCUUUCACAGCAACCCCUACUUCUUUCUCCUGCUCAGUCGCCACGGAGGCCACUGUGGCUUCCUGCGCCAGGAGCCUAUGCCAGCCUGGAGCCACGAGGUCACCUUGGAGUAUUUCCGGGUCUUGAGUGAUUUCUUCCGAAAUGAAGAGAGGAUAAAAGCGCUAAGCAGACGCAGAGCUUCAUUCCUAGGGGGCCGCCGCCGCUGGGGAGCCAUGCAGAAGCGGGAGGUGUCACCCUCUUCCAAUCUGGAGGACAUCUUUAGCUGGAAGAGAUCAUAUACAAGGUGA